GAAUAUAAGAUUUCCGAUCAUAGACCCUUUUUGGACUUCCAUGAGAGUGGCUUACCCAAGUGUGAGCAGGUCAAAUUUGUUCGGUUCUUGGGACAGGGACUACCAAAUUUGACACUCAACAAAAUAUAUCUCUCCUUCAAGGAUUUAUUGGGAAUGAACCGCAUUGAAAAAACGAAUUCAGAUGGCUAUAAUUUGGAUUUCAUCUUAAAAAAGAAGAAAAAGAAUUUAUACAACCGUAUGCAAUCUGCAGUACAUAGAGAAAGCAUUGAAUCGGGGCAACCGACCCCUACUCAACAGACCUCCGCACAACUGACGCAUCUUGAUGGCUUCAAGACCUAACAAUAACCAUUACAUUGGUUAAAGCUAUUUUUACUGCUUACAAUAUGGUGGAGAGAAGAGGAGAAACCGGAACAAAAUCACAUGAAAUUAUACUUCCUGGAACUGGACCCGAAACUGUUGUGUCUUCAAAAAUUCAUGCAAACAAUUAUGUUAAAAAUUUAAAUAUUCAUAAGUGCUAAAAUUUAAGUUAUUGGCAGUUGAAUAUGUACAUACAUACAUAGACACCCAUGUAUGUGUAUAAGUAUGUAAUUUGAAAAUUUGUUUUUGAUAAAAAAUUUAAAAUGAAAGGAAUAUCAAAAUGAAAACUAAGCCAAAAGCUAAUAAAAGAACCUAAACGAAAUUUUCAAAAUAAUAUGCGUGUUAUAGAAUUACACUGCAUAAUAAAAAUUCAUAUUGAAGCAUAUGAAACCAGUAACUUUAUAGUUAUAAAUGUUAGAAUUAAAAAAAAAAAACUUCCAGCAAAUAAGGAUUAGACCAGUAACCUCGAACGAUUAAACAAUCAAGCUAUUUUCGGUUAAUAUAUACUUACAUAGGUAUACAUAAAUGCAUAACUUUUUACUUUAGUGGAUAAAUUCAAUACCUACAACAAUGAAUCCACUUUAGCAAAUUGACAAAAUCAA